UCGAAGACAUUUGGUAGGUACCAAGUCAGUGCAGUGUGAGAUAUUGAUCGUGUAUCAUCACCACCAAAUUCUAACAAUCAUGUAUAAAUCGAUAAUCAUUUUGGGUUUAGUGUCCGCUAUUUUCGCGGCACCAGCCCAAGAAGAAACUACACCAAUUCCUAUUUUGAAAAUGAACCAUGAUGGACCUAACCCUGAUGGAUCAUACAACUGGGCUUAUGAGACAGGAAAUGGAAUCCAAGCGCAAGAACAAGGUGCAUUCGAGCCAUCCCAAAACGAGAACGAAGGUACCAUGAGAGUUCAAGGAUCUUAUCGUUAUACCGAUGCUGACGGAACUGUAUAUGAAGUUAUAUACACUGCCGAUGAAAAUGGUUUCCAACCCCAAGGAGCCCAUCUUCCAACUCCACCACCUAUUCCUGAAGAUAUUGCCAAAGCUCUUGAAUACAUUGCAGCUCAUCCUGAAGAAAACAACAUUGACGCACCCAAACAAUAAAUCAGUUUAUUGUAUUUCAACCAUUUGAAGAAAUUAUUUUUAUAUAAUUACAUUUUUUUUUCUUUCUAAUUAAUUUUAUUGGAAAUUAUCAAUCACUGUUGAGUAAUUUGCAUUUAAUAAUUUUACUUAAAAAAUGUACAAAAUAUGUCAAUAUGAGUAAACAAUCAAAACUGUUGUCAUUUU